AUGACAACUUUCACGGUAAGAAAUGGUAAAGGCAUUCGCUUUUGGAAGGACCGUUGGCUAGACAGUGGAAAAUUGCAAGACUUGUUUCCAGUUGUUUAUAAGGCGGCAAAGGAUAAGGAUGCAACAAUUUAUGACAUGAUAGCAAAUGGAGUUUGGGUAUGUGAUUUUAAGAGACCAUUAAAUUUGAAUGAACAAUUAGAAUGGGAUAUUUUGAGGCGUGACUUAAAUCAUGUUCCUGGGCUUGUUGAAGCGGACGAUGAGUUGGAGAUUAUGGAGAAUUUUAGUACUUCAAGAUGUUAUGAGAGAAUGUAUGGCAACCUUGAAGAGUGCGACUUCGAUAAAUUCCUUUGGAAAGGUAACAUUCCAAACAAGGAGAGGAAUGGAAGAGUUUUUGGAGGUCGUCACAAGAGUGUGCAAGAAAACAUUGAUUUAGUUAAGUAA